AUGGAAAUACCGUUGAAAUCUCGUCCCAAGGUUUCUACAGUCAAUCUACUCGAUGAGUCAAACUUUGAGCUAAAGAAAAAAAGCGGUGAGGAGUCAAACCUGUCCCAGCUAUGGAGGACGGGGCCACUUGAGGAUGCGAAUCAGGGCAAUACGAAGUUAGACGGGAACCAACUCAAGGCAAGGAAAAAAAGUGUCUUUAGCGAUGCUCUACGACUGGCGGAACCUAGUAUCCACAACAACAACAACACUCAGCGGACUCGGAGGUUCUCAGAAACCGAAAGGAACAACUUUGAUCUGGUGACGGGCCAUAGAAUAUAUGAAGAUGGCAAGAUUCGACCGCAGACCUUGAGACAAUCGGAAGGAGGACGCCACGGCAAUAGCAAUAACGGUGCUCUCGUCAGUGACCAGCCCAAACAUGAGAAAUUGUACUCCAGAUCGCAUGAUAGUAAUAUUGACGUCGGCAGAACGUUUUCGCAGGGUAUCGAGGAUGAGUACAUCCCCGGGUUUGAUUUUAGUGAUGCUGUUUACAAAUGGAACAAUGGAAGCAGCUCCGACUUGGCGUUAGGGAUGGGGAUGGGUUUAUCAAGACAGGUUACGCAAACUUCAACUAGCGGUUCCCAUACGCCGCGAAGCAACAAUGCCUCGUAUCUCGAUUUGAACUUGCUUCAUGCUCAGGUCGCACCUCAACCUAUAAAGAGUGGUCACCAGCCCCCAAAUAUCUCCUAUGCCAAGUUGCAUGAAUAUAUGAGGGCCAACAGAUCAUCUGCAGUAGUCGCGAACGAAUCCGACAGCGGCGAUAAAACUCCUCGAUCCGGGUUUUUAAAAGGUCUUACAGAGUUGACGCAGGCGGAAAAGAGCAAGAGAGACAUUUCCGAUGCAAGUGCUUCGCGUCCCCGGGGGAUCAAAAAACUAAAGUCGGCAGUCGAUACAACAACGGGCGAAGUAAACUACGAGAUGAUCUUGAACAGCUUGCCACCCAAUUUCAACGAACUACCGUAUUCGCAGCGGAAAAAGUUGGUGCGCAAUUUCUCCGACAAUAUUGAUUACUCGCAAUUUUCGCUCUUUGCAAAGAAUUAUCAUGGAUCGUUUGGCUCCGUCAAAACACCUAAAUCUGGAGGCACAGAAGAAGACUCUACCGAGGGAAGUUUUAGCCGCAACCGGCUGCGGCAUGGAAGUUGCAACACAUUGGCUGGCCGUCUCUUGGCAAGGACUUCAACCACAGAUAUGAUGAUGAAAAGAGGGGAGGCGGUAGAGGAAACAAAGAUUAAGCAAAAUGUGGACGAGAGAGGGGCGUACGUGUUGGGCUACGAAUUGGGGAAGAUCAUUGGAUUUGGAGCGUGGGGGACUAUUCGUGAAUGCACCGAUGCCAAGGGAGAUGUUAAGGCGGUGAAGAUUGUGAGAUCGUGUCGUUUAGGCGCAGGUGCUGAAAGGAGAAGCCCGUCUAGACGUGGUGACAAUAACCAUGACAAUGAGAAUGACAAUGACAAUGACAAUGGCAAUAGCCGCUCGACAAAAGUGCUCCAGGUUUUCAAAAAGGAGAUUGGCAUUUGGAAACAGUUGAAGCACGAAAAUAUUCUUUCGAUGAUUGAUUACUUAGAGACCGACGACACCAUUUUUUGCAUCAUGAAUCGGAUUAAUGGGGGGACCUUGUUUGAGCUUGUUACCGCGUGGGGACCGUAUAACAGCGGCUUGGGCAACAGCACGGGUCCCAUUGAGUUUCUGAUCCAAAAACAGAGCGCGAGAUUACAAAAAGUGGUUGAGUGCACGAGGCAGAUUGUGGGUGCACUUUUAUACAUGCACGAGGAGAAAGGUAUUGUUCACGGAGACUUGAAACUUGAGAAUGUCUUGGUGGAAAUGGAAAGUGAAGCCAACGAGAAAUUCAAGAUGAUCUUGUGUGACUUUGGCAUGUCCCGAAUCUUCGACAAUCGCGUCAGCAGGAAAUCCUCGACAAAGCUCGGUUCUGGUUCAGCUCAUACCCAUUUAAGUCCGUUGGUAAACGAAGACAACGCUUGGGAGGCUAGAAGCAAAUCUUCAAACACCGAACUACGGAAACCUUUUAAAGGAGGCGAUACCCCAAACACGAAGCAUUUGGAGUUUCUCACGCGUGAUGAUUUGCGGAUUGGCUCGACAAAUAUUUUCAAAAUCCAUGGCCCCUCGUUGCAGUCGGUGCAUUUGACUCCCAUUGCAUCGGCACCAGAGUCGCCAUCUACAUUAUCCUUAUCGGAGUUUAGCAAGAAUUUCUUGCAUCGGGAAAGGAGCCAGAAUGAGAUUGAUUCCAAGCUACCUCACUCGCAUAUCGGAUCUUUACCCUACGCGUCUCCCGAGCUUUUACAACCGGCACCUCCGCCUUUGGGUCCGCUGGCGGACGUAUGGGCGUUGGGAGUGUUGGUGUAUGCCAUGUGCGUGGGGAGAUUACCUUUCCAACACCAGUACGAGCCUCGGUUGAGGACAAUGAUUACCGCUGGUCAAUUCAAUGAAGAUGAUUUGAAAAAGGCGUGCUUGUUGGAGUGGGUGUUGAGAGAUUGCAAGCUGAAGAAUGGAAGCGAAAGUCAUGGUGGUGGUGACAACGACGAUAGCAUACCUGCAGCUUUGAUUUUGCUGUCUCCUUCUAUGGUGGAUGUGACGAUGCAGAACCAGUUGAACGAGUUGCAGCAAGAGUGGAGGGAAUAUAACAAGGGGCAGAGAAAAAGGGAGUUUGAAUUUUUGCAUGACAUUGUCCUUGGAUGUCUCGAGACGAACAUCACCAAGCGCUGGGAUAUGCAGAUGAUUCACGAGAGGUUGAAAUUGCAUGCAUAG